CUGUUUAUCGAAAGUAGUGUACAAUAUUUUUGCGAAGGUUAUUAUGAAUUUACCGUGUUACAGGUCGCUUUUCACUGUACAAAUCCGAAUCUUUUGGCUUCGGCUAGUACAGAUAAAUCCAUAAUUAUUUGGGAUAUUCGCCAACAAAAAACUCAUACACGACUGUCAACAAGAGCAGCAAAUUUGUAUGUGACAUGGUCCCCGUGUGGGCGAUACUUAGUAUACGGUGAUAAGGAAGAUCGACUUCAUGUGAUAGACGGAAGAACUUUGAGCACUUUAAAGUCGUAUGAAUCGAAAACGGAGAUGAAUGAAUUCGUCUAUCAUCCAAGCGGCAAAUACUUAUUUGUGGCUACAGGACAAGGAAGAGUUGAGAUAUUCAAAAUGCCAGAUCUUGAAAUAGUUCGAACUGUAGCAGCCCAUUCGGGUCAGUCAAACUGUGUAGCUCUAGCUGUAUCUCCCGAUGGUAGACGUGUUGCUGUUGGAGCAUCUGAUGCGUUGUGUUCUAUUUGGAGCAUCGACGAGAUGAUUUGUGAGAGAAAUCUAGGCAGGUUGGACUAUCCUGUGCGAGCUGUAGCGUUCACUUACGACAGUCAAUUAAUAGCCACUGGAAGUGAAGAUCACUGCAUUGACAUAGCAUUUGUGAACGACGGCUCCAGGGUGCAUGAGAUUCGUUUAGAAGGCGAAGUGUACUCUGUAGCCUGGCAUCCUCAGCAGCUGAUACUGGCGUUUGCAUCCUCGGGUGAUCCACGUGAACGGGACAGUUUUGGCGUACGACUGUUUGGUUACACCAGCUGA